GAAAGUCACAAUUAUGGACACUGAGUAAGUUACUGUGAUGAUAACAGCACUCGAAAUGAAAUAAUGACGACAAAAGUUGGGGAAGAAGUUUCAUACAAUCUGAUUGUUGUUUUUAUCCCUUAAUUCAUUUUUAUUUUCCGUCUUUUAGUCCAAAAAAGACUAACUUCUUAAUGAAUUGGGAAAGUCCUUCCUCGAAUUACAUUGUACUCUGAAAAUAAUUUAUGUGUUUUUGUCACAAAAAAUAUGUUUAAAAUGUAUAAGAGGUAGCCUCUAUUAUUGAAUAUUAGUAGAUUGUCCUGAUCUUUGAUACUGAAAAUUACGAAUUUGUCACAGUCGACCGAUUAUUAUUGUUGAUAAGCAAUCAGAUACGCUUUGAUUUAUUGUGAUGAUUAGGAGUAUUUGAUUUUAGUACGAACUAAGAAUCCCAGAAAUAACGCAAUUGGAUCAAGAAGUACCAGAUAAGCACGAACGAAUGUACUGUAUUUGGAAUUUGAAAUCAAGCAUUCAACAAGUACAAAGGAUCCAAAUACUUCACAUCUAAUCAUGAUGAUUGAAAGGAAACUAAAGAAUUUCUUUAAAAUAUGUACUAUUGAUAUUGUCAACAGUAAAAUAAAUAAAUGAAAUACAUUAGUAUUCCUGAUAAACCAAUAAUAAACAAAAAUUUUAGUAGUGGAAGUGGAGAACUACGAGGACCAGAAACUUCAUAUUUGAUUGAAUGUGUUGGAUCAGUUUUACGGCAGUAUAUAGCAGAAGUCCUAAUUAAACGGCCUGUGGAUCCAAUCGAUUAUUUGGGUCGCUGUUUAAAAAAUUAUAUAAGAAUAAGAGAUAUUGAAAUAAAAGAAUCUAUGGAAAACAAUAAAAUAAUCAAUUUGAGUCAAUUAGAAGAAAAUGAAGCUUCAUUAGAAACUAAAAAUGAGGAAGAAACUUCAGAUCUCACUACAGAAUCGAAGAAUAAUGAACAUCACUCAGAUGACAAAAUGAUUAAUAACGAUAUAGAUAUGAAUAACAUUAAUGAAAUUGAAGCUAAUAAUAAUGAUGAUGAUAUAGAGGUUCAGGAUAGAAACCAAUUGCAAAGUGAUUCAGAGAAUUAUGUCAAAGAAUCAAUAAACCAAGGAGACGUAGAUGAUGAUGAUGACGGUGAACAAAGUACAUUAAAAUUUGAUAAUGAAACUGAUGAUGAAAUCACUUUUGAAUCACAAAUUAAACAAGAUAUUAAUGAAACACCAUUAGAAGAUAUUACUGAUCGUGAUCAUGAUGAUGAUGAUGAUCAAACAGAAGAAGUAACUGAUUCUGAAUUACAAUAA